AGCUCGCUCGGAGUCACGUGGACCAGCCCGGCGCGCCCCGCCUCGCUCUCCGCGCAGGCGGGGACCGGUCCAGCUGAGCCUGGUGGCGGAAAGGCUGCGGCCCCGCGCCGGAGGGCCGGUGGCUCCUCCGGGCUUCUGAGGACCCGCAGGGAGCGGGCCUCAUCAUUUCUGUCUCCUGUUUCUCCACUUCCUUGUCUGUUGGUUGGUCCACUGAUAUAUGGACUUGCACAUGAUGAACUGUGAACUUCUAGCCACAUGUAGUGCCCUUGGGUACUUGGAGGGAGACACUUACCAUAAGGAACCAGAUUGCUUAGAGAGUGUGAAGGAUCUGAUCCGCUAUUUGAGGCAUGAGGAUGAGACACGAGAUGUGCGGCAGCAGCUGGGGGCAGCCCAGAUCCUACAGAGCGACCUUCUGCCCAUCCUCACCCAGCACCACCAGGACAAGCCUCUCUUUGAUGCUGUUAUCAGACUGAUGGUGAACUUGACACAACCAGCCUUGCUCUGUUUUGGCAAUCUGCCUAAGGAGCCCAGCUUUCGGCACCAUUUUUUGCAGGUGCUAACUUAUUUGCAGGCCUACAAAGAGGCCUUUGCCAGUGAGAAGGCUUUUGGAGUCCUCAGUGAAACCUUGUAUGAGCUGCUGCAGCUGGGCUGGGAGGAACGGCAGGAGGAAGACAACUUGCUGAUUGAACGGAUCCUACUGCUGGUCAGAAAUAUUCUCCAUGUCCCAGCUGACCUUGAUCAGGAGAAGAAGAUUGAUGAUGACGCCAGUGCCCAUGACCAGCUCCUCUGGGCGAUUCACCUCAGCGGCCUGGAUGACCUGCUCCUCUUUCUGGCCAGCUCGUCUGCUGAGGAGCAAUGGAGCCUACAUGUGCUAGAGAUUGUCUCCCUUAUGUUUCGUGACCAGAACCCCGAGCAGCUGGCGGGAGUAGGGCAGGGACGCUUAGCUCAGGAGCGGAGUGCAGAUUUUGCAGAACUGGAGGUGUUGCGCCAGCGAGAGAUGGCAGAAAAGAAGACUCGAGCCCUCCAGCGAGGCAACAGGCAUUCUCGAUUUGGGGGCUCCUAUAUUGUCCAGGGGUUGAAAUCCAUUGGGGAGAGGGACCUCAUCUUUCACAAAGGCCUUCACAACCUACGAAACUACAGUUCAGAUUUGGGAAAGCAGCCGAAAAAGGUGCCUAAACGUCGCCAGGCCGCCCGAGAGCUGUCCAUUCAGCGCCGUUCUGCCCUCAAUGUGAGGCUCUUCCUCAGAGACUUCUGCUCUGAGUUCCUGGAGAACUGUUACAACCGGCUCAUGGGAUCAGUAAAGGAUCACCUGCUUCGGGAGAAAGCUCAGCAGCAUGAUGAGACCUAUUAUAUGUGGGCCUUGGCUUUCUUCAUGGCCUUCAACCGAGCUGCCUCCUUCCGACCAGGCCUGGUUUCUGAGACCCUCAGUGUCCGUACCUUCCACUUCAUUGAGCAGAACCUCACCAACUACUAUGAGAUGAUGCUGACUGACCGCAAGGAAGCUGCCUCCUGGGCACGCCGGAUGCACUUGGCUCUGAAGGCCUAUCAGGAGCUGCUGGCAACAGUGAAUGAGAUGGACAUAUCUCCAGAUGAGGCUGUGAGGGAGAGCAGCCGCAUCAUCAAGAACAAUAUUUUCUAUGUGAUGGAGUACCGAGAACUAUUCCUGGCACUUUUUCGAAAGUUUGAUGAGAGAUGCCAGCCCCGCUCUUUCCUUCGUGACCUGGUGGAGACCACCCACCUCUUCCUCAAAAUGUUGGAGCGAUUCUGUCGGAGCCGUGGGAACCUGGUGGUGCAGAACAAACAAAAGAAGAGAAGGAAGAAGAAGAAGAAGGUCCUAGACCAGGCCAUUGUUUCUGGUAAUGUCCCAUCUAGCCCAGAAGAAGUGGAGGCUGUGUGGCCAGCCCUGGCUGAGCAGCUACAGUGCUGUGCCCAGAAUUCUGAGCUCAGCAUGGACUCCGUGGUUCCCUUUGAUGCGGCCUCAGAGGUGCCAGUGGAGGAGCAGCGGGCAGAAGCUAUGGUACGGAUCCAAGACUGUCUCCUGGCUGGCCAGGCCCCACAGGCCCUGACUCUCCUGAGGUCUGCUCGGGAGGUGUGGCCUGAAGGAGAUGUGUUUGGCUCUCAAGACAUUUUUCCAGAGGAAGAGAUCCAGUUGCUGAAACAAAUCCUCUCUGCUCCACUUCCCCGGCAGCAGGGCCCAGAGGAACGUGGGGCAGAGGAAGAAGAAGAGGAGGAGGAGGAGGAGGAAGAGGAGGAGUUGCAAGUGGUCCAGGUGUCGGAGAAAGAAUUUAAUUUUCUGGACUACCUGAAACGCUUUGCAUGUUCAACUGUCGUUCGAGCCUAUGUGCUGCUACUAAGGAGCUACCAGCAGAAUAGUGCUCACACUAACCAUUGCAUUGUGAAGAUGCUGCACCGGCUGGCCCAUGACCUCAAAAUGGAAGCCCUACUUUUUCAGCUGUCAGUCUUCUGCCUCUUCAAUCGUCUGCUUAGUGACCCUGCUGCUGGAGCCUACAAAGAGCUAGUGACUUUUGCCAAAUACAUCCUGGGCAAAUUUUUUGCACUGGCUGCAGUCAACCAAAAAGCCUUUGUGGAGCUGUUGUUCUGGAAGAACACAGCUGUGGUUCGAGAGAUGACUGAGGGCUACGGCUCCCUGGAUGACAGGUCUUCCAGUCGCAGAGCACCUACAUGGAGCCCCGAAGAAGAGGCUCAUCUUCGGGAGCUGUACCUCGCCAAUAAGGACGUGGAAGGGCAGGAUGUGGUGGAAGCCAUCUUGGCCCACCUGCCUCGAACACGCAAGCAGAUCAUCCACCAUCUGGUACAGAUGGGACUGGCUGACAGUGUCAAGGACUUCCAAAGGAAAGGAACCCAUAUUGUACUGUGGACGGGGGAUCAGGAGUUGGAGCUGCAGCGGCUUUUUGAGGAAUUCCGGGACUCAGAUGAUGUCCUGGGUCAUAUCAUGAAGAAUAUCACAGCCAAACGCUCACGGGCCCGAAUAGUGGAUAAACUCUUGGCUCUGGGGCUGGUGGCUGAGCGGCGGGAGCUGUACAAGAAACGGCGGAAAAAGUUGGCAUCCUCCAUCUUGCCAAAUGGAGCGGAGUCCCUGAAAGAUUUUUGCCAGGAAGAUCUGGAAGAAGAGGAAAACCUGCCUGAGGAAGACAGCGAAGAGGAAGAAGAAGGGGGCUCAGAAGCAGAACAAGUCCAGGGUAGCUUAGUCCUUUCAAAUGAAAACCUUGGUCAAAGCCUGCAUCAGGAAGGCUUUUCUAUCCCGCUCCUAUGGCUCCAGAACUGCCUGAUCCGAGCAGCUGAUGAUCGGGAAGAGGAUGGCUGCUCCCAGGCCGUUCCAUUGGUGCCACUCACAGAGGAAAAUGAGGAAGCCAUGGAAAACGAACAGUUUCAGCAGCUGUUGCGCAAGCUAGGGGUUCGGCCCCCUGCCUCUGGGCAGGAAACCUUCUGGCGAAUUCCAGCCAAGCUGAGUCCUACCCAGCUCCGGAGGGUAGCAGCUUCUUUGAGUCAACCAGAGGAGGAACAGAAGCUGCAGCCAGAGCUACAGCCUAAAGUCCCUGGAGAGCAAGGCUCUGAUGAGGAGCACUGUAAAGAGCACCGAGCACAAGCCCUGAGGGCCCUCUUGCUAGCCCACAAGAAGAAAGCAGGCCUGGCAUCCCCAGAGGAGGAAGACGCUGUUGGUAAAGAGCCGCUGAAGGCAGCACCCAAGAAACGACAAUUGCUGGACAGCGACGAGGAACAGGAAGAAGAUGAGGGCAGGAACAGAGCACCAGAGUUGGGAGCUCCAGGAAUCCAAAAGAAGAAACGAUAUCAGAUUGAGGAUGAUGAGGAUGACUGAAGAGCUAAGAAGCCUAGGGGUAGAGAUAGACACGUUUUUAGAUGGUGCAUUCAAGUCAGAGUUGGAAGGGUCAUACAGGACCUGGAAGCUCCUCUUACUGGACAGAGCAGUAGAAUCCCAGGCUCUUCCACGGAUUUAGGCUGAGAAACUUCAGCAGCAGUAUUGGACUUCUCUGCUGUCAGUCUUUGUUUCUCCCAGUUUUUAUCGGUAUGCCCCAGCAGCUCUCUGGAGAUUUAGUUCUCUUCUUCUAGGAACCAUUUCUUUUGGUUAUUGGAGCUCCUUAGCAAAUAAGAGGAGUGAGUGAAAUAGAGAAAGCACCCUGGACCCCUUUUAUUGGUCUGUUCCUUUGGCUUUCUCUUGGAGGUGGGUCGCAGCACCAGAUGGGGAGCUUUAUGACAUGACAGGCGGGAGUUUUGUACCACUUUUAGAAGAUACCAGAUGCCUCUGUCCUCAUUUUCUUUCCUAUGAUCAUCCUCUAGAUACCAGAUAGAGGCCCAUUCCUGCAUUUGAGAUAGGGUUGGAAUAUAGUACUCUAGAUGAUGAAUGUGUUUGCUUUGUGUUUGGUAUUAAACAUGUAAGAUUAGAAGUUCUCA